UCUGAUUUGACUUUUAUUUCAGUUCUUCUGAUUUGGUCAUGAUUUACAUUCGGAAUUUAAUUUGGAAUUUGUCUACUUAUUCAACAGAAACACCGGCGCAGGCGCAGGCGCAGGGCACCACUCAUGUCGCCGGCACUACGACUACGAGGACACUCCGCAACCCGCUCCUCGUCGUCAACUUCGUCCUCAUGGUCGUGGGCUCAGCGGGCGGCCCGCUGUUCCUCCGCGCCUACUUCCUCCACGGCGGCGCCCGCAAGUGGCUCUCGGCCUUGCUCCAGACCGCCGGCUUCCCGCUCCUGCUCGUGCCGCUCUGCGUCUCCUUCUCCCGGCGCCGCCGCCGGCGCGACGACGGCGCGCCGGCGAAGGCGCCGUUCUUCCUCAUGACGCCCCGCCUCCUGGCGGCGUCCGCGGCCAUCGGCCUCAUGACCGGCCUCGACGACCUCCUCUACGCCUACGGCCUGGCCUACCUGCCGGUGUCCACGUCCUCCAUCCUCAUCUCCACGCAGCUGGCCUUCACGGCCGCCUUCGCGCUGCUGCUCGUGCGGCAGCGGUUCACGGCCUUCUCGGUGAACGCCGUGGCGCUGCUCAGCGCCGGCGCCGCCAUGCUCGGGAUGAACGCCGGCGGGGACCGCCCCGCGGGCGUGUCGCCGGCGCAGUACGGCGCCGGCUUCGCCAUGACGCUCGGCGCCGCCGCGCUCUACGGCCUCCUGCUCCCCGCCAUGGAGCUCAGCCAGGCCCAGGCGCGCGCCGGUACUGCCGCGGCUGUCACCUACACGCUCGUCAUCGAGAUGCAGCUCGUCAUCGGCCUCACCGCCACCGUCUUCAGCGCCGUCGGCAUGCUCGCCAACCAUGAUUUGCACGCAAUCCCCGGAGAGGCGCGGGAGUUCGAUCUCGGCCGGUCAGGCUACUACCUACUGCUGGCCGGGUCAGCCGCCACGUACCAGUGCUUCUUCCUCGGCACCAUCGGCGCCGUCUUCUUUGGCUCGGCGCUGCUCGCCGGAGUGGUCAUGACCGUGCUUAUCCCGGUCACUGAGGUGCUCGCCGUCGUGUUCUUCCACGAGCCGUUCAACGGCACCAAGGGCGUCGCCCUCGCGCUCUCGCUCUGGGGCUUCGUCUCCUACUUCUACGGGGAGGUUCAAACAUCCAAGGCGCACCACCACCUGCCUGACAAGCCAACAAAUGUCGAGCGUUUGGACCCAUAGAUGAUGGUGAUAUGGCGUUCCCGGGAGUAAGUUUUCACCCCGUAUUUGAGGAAUAAGCAAGCCAUAUCAAAUCAUAUUAUACAACAAUCUAUAUAGGGGAGUAUGAAUUUUCUUGUACAGUCUAAUGUCUCCCAUGCAUGGACCUAUAGAGCAUACUAUGUAUAUAUGUUGGUGUAUAUGUACUUAAACAAACUUGACCAUGCAAAGGUAAGAUUAAUCCUAGCCAUUGCAUCAAAAGGAUGACUUUGAAGGACCGGAUCAAGCAACCGGAAAGGGGUGAAUGGAAGUCAAUAAAAAUAUUUA